AUGGCGUCCGACAACAUGUGGGAAGAUGUUGACAUCAAGUUUGACAUCACCGCUUCACAGAUGCAGCCAUGCCCUGGGGAGAAAAUUAUUGAUAUCUUGGAGAGUGUUGAAGACACAAAAGGCAAUAAUGGGGAACGAGGACGAUUACUUGUGACAAAUUUGAGGAUUAUCUGGCACUCACAUGUCAUACCAAGAGUUAAUCUUUCCAUUGGAUUAAAUUGUAUUAUAAACCUAUCAACAAAAUUUGCAAAUUCGAAACUAAGAGGAAACAUUGAGGCUCUCUAUGUCUUGGCUAAAAGUCAAACCAGAUUUGAAUUUAUUUUUACUAAUUUGGUCUCAGGAUCUUCUCGUUUGUUCACAUCUGUCAUAGCCAUUCACAGGGCUUAUGACACUUCCAGAAUGUAUCGACAGUUGAAACUCAGAGGCGCUCUUGUUGACAACAAAGAGUUGAAGUUACUUCCCCUUGAAGAGUUGUGCAGUAAAGGCAACCUUGGUGUCUUCUACAUUACAAACAUUCGUGUUGUAUGGAAUGCCACAAUGAACGAAUCCUUCAAUGUCAGUAUUCCUUAUUUACAAAUGAAAAAUCUUAAAAUUCGGGACUCCAAGUUUGGAAUUGCUCUUGUUAUUGAAAGUUCUUCACAGAGUGGUUCCUAUGUUCUUGGUUUUCGUAUUGACCCCAAAGAAAAACUAGAAGAAGUUUCCAAAGAGAUAACAAGCCUUCUUCGUGUGUUCCGAGCGGACCCUCAGUUUGGCGUGCAGUAUGAGCUGGAAAGUAAGAUAUCUAAAGUACAACCUUCUGUCAUGCAAAAUGUAUUUGAUGAUGUAGAGAUAGAUGAAGAAGGACAGAGUGAUGCGUUUGCUGCUUAUUUUGCUGAUGGAAACAAAGAAAGGGACCGUGAACCAGUUUUUUCUGAUCAUUUAGGGUUGGCAAUUGAGAAAUUACCAGAGGGAGUCACUGUGCAGAGUCUGUGGAGUGUGCUGCCAUAA